CCAGUAAUAUUCUGAGUGGAAAAACAACACACGUUGACACAGUUGUCUCUUGCUCACGGCUUAAAAAAAUCACAGAUUAAACUAAGGAAGGAAUUAAUUCAACUCAAGGGAUUAUUACCGUGGUAUCAUGGCAUGUUUUGCUGCCACACUUGGUGUCCUCAUUCUGGUGGGAUUCAUCAACCUCUCAGCAGCAAACCAGUACACCUGUGAUCUUUAUGCUGUAGUUGGACUACAGAGUCUCCUGCUGCCGUUUGAGUAUGAUGGACUGGCAAACUCACAUGUGCUGAGAUGGACUCAUAAUAGCACAAUCGUUUUCCACAGAGAAAAAGGCAGAGUGUCUGUUGGAAGGUCAGAGGACAUCUCUACAGUGGGAUCUCUUUUGCUGAAUAACCUACAAUUCUCAAGUGCGGGGACUUACCAAGCUAAUGUGCUGAAUCCCAAUGGUACACUGGCUAAAACAUGGACUCAACGUAUCUGUAUGAUGGACAAUGUGUCAAAACCUCGACUCACUUACAUGUGUGACCCCAAGUCUAGUGCUGUUAAUCUAAAUUGCCAUGCAGCCUAUCCUCAAGGUUUAGUGUUCUCAUGGACACUAGAUGAAAAGACCUUAACGGAAGAAACAAGACAAACACUGAGCAUAUCACUGGCAAAGUUGAAAGGGGAGACGAGCUUUACAUGUAGUGUUGCAAACAAAGUCAGCAAGGAGAAGAGUGACACUGUCCGUCCAACCUGUAAAGGUCCACCACCACCAACUUUAUUCUGUUUUACAUCCACGACGGUUGUGGCAGUGCUUGCAGGUGGAGUCAGUCUGAUUCUGCUCUUGCUCAUCAUAAUCAUCACAUUGUGUUGCUGCCACAGACGCAUCAAAACCCAAACGACACGCCGGGAGGUGAGGAUGCUUUCUCUGAACAAACGUGAGUCGGAAUCCAUCAACCCAGAUUAUGAGACUAUGCACCCGAAUGAGUACACUGUAAACAGGCCUGCAACCCUCUCCGUGGAUUCUGAAGUAAAACAACCUUCACCUGUGCCGAAGCCGAGGACGAUAACUCCCCACACAGCAAACAUCUGAACGUAACUCUCUCUCCCUACCGUCCUAGGAACCUUCAAGAACUAAGACAAAAAGCAAGUUUUGUAGAUUGAUUGAACAUGCAACUGAACCAAAAUAAAGAAGGGAAUGUCUUUUGUCCACAAUUUUAAUCUACACAUUCUUCAUCAAUUUAAAAUGUCAGUGUAUAGCUAGGCUGUACAGAUGUGGUGAAUUGACAAUCAAAGUAUCUGUGUUUAGAAUCAAUGCGGAAAAUCAUGAUAUGCUCCGGGCCGGGAGGUAGAAUUUAAAGCAGCAUGAUCUUUGUUUUUUCAGCAACUUUAAAUAUGAUUUCAUGGCUUUUCUGUCUUGAAGCUUUGUUGUUAUUGUUUUACAAAGGAGGCAUUGUUUGAUCACUGGUUCACAUUAUAAUAAAAGAAACCGUACUUGAGGAAUUUCAAUAUUUAUGUAUUGUUCUAAUCUGUUAAUGUUACUAAUGAUCUUUUCUGUUUUAUUAUGACCUCUUUAACUGCAGAGCCAAUGUACUUAAUGUGUGUUGUAAAUAAAGGAAUGUCCAGAAAAAAGUAGAGAGUUUGGUGUA